UAGAUUUUGUACAUUUGUUUGAAUUAAGAUUUUGUACAUUUGUUAUAUUUUAGAGACUUCUAGAUUUUGUACAAUUUGUACAAAAAGCAAGAGUGAUAAAAGUAAAUUGUGUUUUACUCAAAUAUUUAUAACUAUAUCAUUGUUUAAUUAUUUUAGAGAUGUCAUCGUUGUUUGUUAAAAUAUUUGCAAAAAACUAUAACUUGUCUUGGCAUCAUGUUUGUGUAUUCGUUUUAACGUAUUUUUCGUAUGCAUUUUUUCGAGCAAACAGAAGAGCAAUUACAAACGAUUGUAAAAAUACAUUGAACGAAUCAUUAAUUUUUCAAAGCUCUAAAAACUUUUCUGAAACUAAUGAAGAAUUAAUAAAGUUUUGUGAAAAACUUGAUACUUGUUUUGCGUUUGCUUACGCAAUAGGACUAUAUAUUAGUGGCAUAAUUGGAGAUAGACUAAAUUUGCGUUAUAUGUUAUCUUUUGGUAUGUGUGGUUGCGCUGUUACUUCAUUAAUAACUGAGUAUAUAGAUGUAAAAUACAAAUGGAAAGAGUUUUAUUACGUACUUUAUUCUGUUAAUGGCUUAACGCACUCAAUAGGUUGGCCAGUUACAGUUGCAAUAAUGGGAAACUGGUUUUCUUCGGGAGAUAUUUUGUACGGAACAUGGGGUGGAAAUGGUUCGCUUGGGUACAUAAUUUCUUCUUGUAUUGUUAAAUAUUCAAUUAACUAUGGUUAUAAAAAGGGAUUGAUGUUAAAUAGUUCUUUAUUAUUUUGUGGCGGCGUGAUUAACAUAUUUUGUUUAACUACUCAUCCUUAUCAAGUUGGUUUAAAGGAAAGUAAUUUACCAAAUGUGCGAAACUUGGAAAAUGAGGUUCUUAACAAAAAAGCUGUUGAAUUUAAAAAAGCAAUUUUUUUACCUGGAGUUCGAUAUUAUGCUCUUACUUUUUCAUUAGUAUUAUUGGUUGAUGACGUGUUUUUCAGAUCACUGUCUAAUAAUUUAUCUGAUAACCUUAAAUGGAUUGAGACUAAAUCUAAUAGUUUGACAUCCUUCUACGAUUAUGGUUCAAUUACUGGAGGCAUUGUUGCUGGAAUCUUAUCAAGUUUGAUAGGGAUGCGAUCACCGGUGAUUUCUUCAAUGCUUUUUUUAUCCAUCUUAUCAAUAUGUUUAUUUUACAAACAAUUUUCCACCAGCCCUGAAAUCAUUUUUUUUAAUGGAUUUUUGGUUGGAGGUCUUUAUAAUAUUACUAGCACUGCAAUCUCAAUUGAUCUCAGUAAACAUGAUCAGAUAAGAAACAAAACUCAAGCAUUAGCUACUGUUACAGGUAUUAUUGAUGGUACUGGGCGCUUCGUAACAGCAGUUGUUCGUUGUGUGAUACUUAUAUUAAACAUAAAUUUGACAAUGAAUGAAGCUUUGUACUUUUUAAUUUUUGUUUCUGGAUUCAAUUGCCUAUGGAGUUUUUUUAUUCUAUACAAAGAUAUAUUAAAUAAGAUAAAAACAAAACUACAAUUUGCUUACAGUACAAUCUAGGUAACGGUCGCACCAGUGUUGUAAUUAUUUAAAUGAAUUUUUAGAAAGAGUUUUUUUAAGAGAAGUUUUUAAUAUUAUAAGCACUGCAAUUACAAUUGAUCUCAGUAAGCAUGAUCAGAUUACAAACAAAGCACACACCGUAGUUACUUCGCAACAGCAGUUGGUCCUUGCUUGACUCCUAUUUAAAUUAAACAUAAAAUUGACAAUGAAUGGAGCUUUUUAUUUGUUGUUGUUUGUUACUUGAUCCAACUGCUUCUGGAGUUUCGGUACUUUUACAAAGAUAUAUUAAACAAGAAAAAAAAAGUCAACUUUUUUUAUUUUUAAUCUGAAAAUAAAAAGUGUUUGUUAAGCAAUAUUGUAAUCUAUAGAAAUUUACCAA